GUUAGUCUGUAUGUCUGUAAGGGAGAGAGUGAAAGCCAGUCAGUCCAAGUGGCAGUGUGUGUGUGUGUGUGUGUGUGUGUGUGAGAGAGUGUGUGUGUCCUGGGAUUGAGGGAGGUUAAACAGCUUGGAGCCAUGCCAUUUGCUCACUCUCAGGAGCUCCUGGAUCAGUUAAUGAAGGGCUAUUAGGUUUCUCUGCUGCCCUAUUUCCUUCAUAGGAUAGCAGAGCACACCAGAGAAUACCGAAGCUGUACACAUUACAGGAGCUAUCAGGUGGCAAACCUACCGCUGGACAAUGAGGCACUCACACAGGUGACAAUAGAAGAUUAUGCUGCAGCAACUCACCUUAAAAAAUGCUUCAUGUUUCUCCUAAGCUUUGAUUGCGAAAAGACCAAUAGAUUUAGUUCUGCAGAAACACAAAACACAGAAGAAAUACAGAGACAAGCAUUUCAAGAGCAAAGACUCGGAGAAGAGGUACAGUCUACAUGUAAAUCAGAACAGCAUUCUGCUUGAAUAAAGGAGGAGAGACAAUUCCACCAUGAGGUGGUUGAAGGCAGUGUGCUGCACUCACCUGCGCUUCAUGUGGAUGGCUUUAAUGGUGUUCGUUGUUCUCUGUGUGGGAAUCCAGAUGUUCGGGGUGGCCAGACAUAGCAGGAAAGAACAGAUCCUAAAACAGUUUGCCACCGAAAAGCUGUUUGAUAAGUUUGAAGUUGAAAGGACAACCACAUCAACUCAACAUCAAUUGGAAGAAGAGCCCUCUAAAAUACCUUUUCAAGAAUACAGAACGAGAAUGGAAAGAGAACAAACUUUCCAAACAGAUAGAGACAGAAGCCACAUAUCCCAGAAACCCACACCAGUUUCCAAAGACAGUUAUGAAAAGGAUUCUAACCUAAGCUUUUCGGAUGGUACAGCUCAAGCCAUUGCACAAAAGAUUCCCAAAAUAAGCAUGGACACUGAAAUAUCUGUACCGAUUCUGAGCUCUAUGAGUCAGAUCAACUGCCAGGAUCCAUCAAAGAAAAUCAUUGGAGCCAAAAGUCAUUCAGAAGUUAGAAUUGACUCUGAUGGCCCAGUUUCUGCUCUCAAAGCACAAACAAAGACUAGACAAACAGAUGACUUGGGUCCUAAAGAAUCAGCUACCUCUCAAGGCCAAAUCUCAAGGUUACCAGUUCUUCUAGAUAUCACAUUACACAAAAAUGCUAACCCAUCACCUGUAACACAAAGUUCCAUCAAACAGGAAGGGACACCAAUGGCAAAUACAGACACCAAGAAUCACCAGAUUGAAAGUCCUGAGACUUUAAAACAGCAGCCAAAGACUAGCAAAGACCAGCAUUCAUCAGUCCCCCUUGUAUCUUCGGUGAGCAUCAGGGACCUGCUAGAAAGUAGCACCCUUCCUGAGCUCCACGCAGCAGCUUUAAAGAAACUAGAUGAAGCAAGCACAUCUUGCCAGCAAAAAACUCACAUUGUGUUUCUCAAAACGCAUAAGACAGCUAGCAGUACCAUCUUGAACAUUUUAUACCGCUUUGGAGAUGCCAGGAACCUGACUUUUGCCCUUCCCCGUGGCAAACACAACCAACUUUUUUAUCCCUUCUAUUUUACAGCUUUUUCCGUUGAAGGCUUUAGGUCAAAGACCAUUAAGGAAUAUGACAUCAUGUGCAAUCAUAUGAGGUUCCACAUAUCAGAGGUCAGGAAAGUAAUGCCAGAAGAUUCCUUUUAUUUCUCCAUCCUGCGGAACCCAGUCACCAUGAUGGAAUCCUCUUUCUCUUACUACAAAUACAUACCAGCUUUCUCAAAAGUCAGCACACUGGACCAAUUUCUUCAAGAUCCCUGGAGUCACUACAACGCUUCACUUCCCAAUAACCACUAUGCAAAGAACCUACUGAUGUUCGACUUUGGGUUUAACAACAACGAAAAAGAUGAGAGGCAUCUCAACUUGUCCAUCACCCUAAUAGCGAAGAACUUCAAUCUCAUUUUGAUUUCAGCGUAUUUCGACGAGUCAAUGAUCCUGUUGAAGAACACGCUCUGCUGGUCCCUUGACGAUGUGGUUUCCUUCAAACUCAACAGCAGAAACAACAAAACGAAACACCAGCUAUCCCUGGAGACCAUGGAGAAAAUAAAAGAGUGGAACUCCCUUGACUGGAAGCUCUAUCUGCAUUUUAAUAGGACAUUUUGGAGGAAGAUCGAUGAGUCUAUGGGGAGAGAGAAGAUGCAGGAUGAAGUCAAGAAGCUCAGGGACAGGAGGAACCAACUGAUGAAGAUCUGUCUCCAGGAAGGAGGGGCAGUGGAUCCUUCCCAAGUAAAAGAUACCUCCUUUAAGCCCUUUCAGUACGGAGCUGCUGAAAUUCAGGGCUAUAACCUCAAUCCGCAUCUGGGCGACCGAACCAAAACGUGGUGUCAGAGACUCAUUACACCAGAGCUGCAGUACACUGCAUCGCUGUAUGACAAGCAGUUUCCAGACAUGGUCUUGAAGGCCUCAGUUCAAAACAAGACAAAGCAAACACAUUCCCAGACUUGGAAAGCAAGUAAUGCAAUGAUGAGGCAAAGAAGGAAUCUUAACCACCAAGGGGCUGAAAAUCAGAACCUUAGACAUAGUGUCUAUAGGAAAAGAGGCUCAAAAAGAACUGCACAGACCAACCUUCCAAACAUGACCUGAAAUAAGUAGCGCUAAAUAUUUUUGGCAAUACACCCAUAGUGGCUUAUAAUGGGGCAGUGACAGUGACAUAGCCAGGAUAUUGUUUCCGGGGGGGGGGGGGGGGGAUUUU